AUGACCGCACAGGUUAGGGACUCUGUGAGACGCAGGGAGUCUCUGAUAGCGUCCCCCCAUGACAUGCCGCGAAACCUAUCCCUCGAAUUCAGCCUUCCGGAGCUCGACCGACGACAAGAUACGGAUCGGCCCUACACAGAUCACGCACCCCCUCACAAUGCCGCUACUGACUCAUCUAUGUCGUGGUCCCAGUCGCUGACAAUGCAACAAGAUGAGGAUUUCCCUGAGUACGCCGAGCGCAUCUUUUCACAAUUCAUGGUCUUUACAGUACCGAGUUACUUGCAGCAUCACAUCACGGGCGGAGAACCGAACAAACCAAAAAAACUGCACGAUAUUGCGGCGUUGGAUGGCUUGCGAGGAUGGGCUUGUCUGCUCGUCUUCAACUUUCAUUUCUUUUUCACGUAUACAUGGCAUACACAUAUAGGCUGGGGUUUUAAUAAGCAGUAUUUUGGGUUACAUCAGCUACCAUUCUUUCACAUGAUCUUUUCGGGGCACAUCAUGGUCGCCAUCUUCUUCGUGAUUUCAGGUUACGUUCUUUCUUAUCGACCUCUCAAAACGAUUCGAAGCGGGGCAUUUGAACAGACCUUCGCAGUACUUUCUUCGGCAACUUUCCGACGUGGAUUGCGUCUCUAUAUUCCGUCAAUCGUCGGGUUGUUUUGUGUAUUUGUUGCAGUCCGUCUAGGGUUAUACAACUACUCUCGGUGGGUCGUGGAUCAUAGUCGAACGAUUACUGGCACGAAUGAACAGCAUCCAAUUAUCCUGCGAUCAACGUACAUACAACUUUGGGACUGGUAUAACACGAUAUGCCGAUUGAUGAAUUUCUGGGACUGGGGGCUUUAUUAUAACAACUACAACCCUCAUCUCUGGACAAUUCCCGUCGAAUUCCGCAGCUCGAUGGUGCUCUUUGUCACGAUUCUUGCCGUCAGUCGGUUCAGAACUAAGGUUCGCUUGAUCUUGGAGGCCAUGACGCUUUGGUUCUGCGUACGUUGGGGCAGAUGGGAUGUGGUGCUCUUCCUGAGCGGCUUGAUCCUUGCUGAAAUCGACCUCGAAAAUGGAAUUUGGAAUAACAAUACUGCAACCACAUCCAACUGUGAAUCUGCCACUGCACCUUUGUCAGACUUGGAAAAACUUGUGGGCACCACCUCUGUCCAGAGUCUUCUUCGACGACGACAAAAUGCUAUUUGGAUAGGCAUUUUCAUAUUAGGGCUGUAUAUGGGCUCAUCACCAAAUAUUGGUGGACUAUACACUCCAGGAUAUGUUUGGCUCGCUCACAUUACUCCAAAAACGUAUCCAGAACCACACCGUUUCCCACAAACUCUCGGCGCGGUCCUGAUCGUCGCAAGCAUCAACAAUUCCAAGACCAUUCAAAAGAUUUUUGUGAAUCCCCUCUCUCAAUACCUUGGACAAAUCUCCUAUGCAUUUUACAUCGUUCAUGGCCCAAUCCUCCACGGACUUGGCUACACUCUGAUGCACAAUAUCUGGCAAAUCACCGGACGCGAGACAGCAUUUCAAUUCCUUUUCGGGGCUGCCAUUGGAUGGAGCAUCUGUCUCCCCAUUGCCCUCUGGCUUGCAGAUAUCUUUUGGCGAGCUGUGGAUGUUCCCAGUGUCAAGUUUGCGCGUCAAUUGGAAAGUGAAUUGCUUGCGAAGUUUCAGGUAUCUAACUAA